AUGAUGCAAAAGGCGCUUUUUGACUUCCUGAAACACAGAUUUGACGGGCGGAUCUCCAUCACCCGGGUAACGGCCGACAUCUCAUUGGCCAAGAGGUCAGUACUCAACAACCCCAGUAAGAGGGCCAUCAUUGAGAGAUCCAACACCCGCUCCAGCCUCGCCGAGGUCCAGAGCGAGAUAGAGAGGAUCUUCGAGCUGGCCAGGUCUCUCCAGCUGGUAGUUUUGGACGCAGACACAAUCAACCACCCGGCCCAGCUAAUCAAGACCUCCUUAGCCCCCAUCAUCGUCCACGUGAAGGUUUCCUCACCCAAGUUGAAUUGGUUUUCUCCGUCUCCGUCUCGCCCCCCUCAGGAGAUGUUUGACAUCAUUCUGGAUGAGAACCAGCUGGAGGAUGCCUGCGAACACCUGGCCGAGUACCUGGAGGCGUACUGGCGUGCGACGCACACGUCCCUCAGCACGCCGCUCAACCCCCUCCUGGGUCGCAAUCUGGGCUCCACGGCCCUCUCCCCGUAUCCCGCCGCCAUCCAGGCCCAGAGGAACCGGAACAGCAACAACACGGCGGAGCACUCGCCGGUGGAGCGCCGGAGCCUGAUGCCCGUGGACGAGAACCACCACAACGAACGGGCCCGGAAGAACCGCAACCGCCUGUCCUCCGGAUCCCAGCAGAGCCGGGAGCACUCCCCUCUGGUGGAGGAGGACUACCAGGACCCCUACCAGGACCCCUACCAGGACCCCUACCAGGACCCCUACCAGGACUCCUACAAGCCCCACCGGAACCGGGGCUCCCCCGGGGGCUACAGCCAGGACUCCAGGCACCGGCUUUAG